AUGGUUUCAAAUAGAAGUCUUAGCGCUCCUCCCGGUGGUGGUAGCCUUGCCAAUGAUAGUAAUCACUUUGGGUAUCGCUGGGGAGAGCUGAGCGUCGGAGGAUUUUCUCCGUCACCUCCGCCAUCUAGCCCCUGGCCCAAUAGACCGCAGACGUUUUCCAGGUAUGAGAGUUCCGCCGACUGGAAAAAGAGCCCCUCAUAUGGUGGAAAUCGCUACGGAGCCUACUUUCGCCGUAAUCGCGGUGGUGCCUAUGGACGUGUGAGUCAUGAGUUUAAUCGAGGUUAUUCCAGUCGUAGUGCCAGUGCUUUAGAAGAGCAAGAUCUCCCCUUUCCGCCACAGGGAAGGAAUGGGAGAUUCAACGCUCAUCGUAGUUCUUCCACGCCAGUUUGGUCUCAGGGGCCUUCGUACCCAACAUACCAGACUCCAAGCCCUCGCUACAAUGGGCGCCGCUCUGGAAGCAGCAGCUCGGUUUCCAAUGCCACCAAAGGCAAAGCUGAAAUACCGCUUCUUCUUGCAUCGGCGUUCUCAGAAAAACAGACUACACGAGUUCGUGCCUCAUUAGAAAGCAGUAGUACAUUUUCGCAGGGCGGAAUUAGGCUGAAGCUACUUGAAUACUUGGGGUAUUGGAUGAGUGAUGUCUUAACUGGUACGGCGGUUGAAAAACUGAUUAUGGAGACCUAUCGCGAAGCUGACCUCAAGGAUAUUCAUACCUCAAUAGGGGAGAGAAAAAAGUAUUCUUUCAGUGAAGUUUCUAACGUGAUGAAUACUGGGAAGAUUGCAGGAGAUCGUCAUGUGCAGGAAGGCGAAAAAGUGAACGGUUCCAACCGGGCAACAUCACCUUUAUUGUCACCAUCAUCCUCAUUCUCCUCAUUGUCGCUGAGUUCCGUGUCAUUCCGUCGAUCCGAGUCUAAGAACACGUCUGAAGGGGCGGCGGUAAGACGAGAGCAAGAAACACAAGGCAAAUGGGAGAGAGGGACGGGAACGCAUUUUAAGAAAGACAAUGGGACGGAUGCGAGUUCAACCACUCCUGAAGGUCGAGUUUUUUCUUUGGUCCGUUCUUGCGGUGCGGAAUCAGGGGCAACGAAACAAGUUUUUUUAACUGCCGAGCCGAAAAUUUUGCCUCAACAGACAGCAGUCUUGCAAACUUCUCCUUUAACUCAGGCAACGUAUAGUCAUGUUCCACGCUUUUAUUUUCCAAAGGGAGCUCAAAAAACAACGGAAGAGACACUUGUUGGGCCAAUGAAAAAGAAGCAUGAGAAUCCACAUCUAAGGGUACUGGAGGGGAUGGUGAUUCCAACUGCUGUCCACACAAAUUCUGAGGAGCGAGCCGCCGUCAUGAGCGAUGAUGUGUUCAAAAGGCAUGAGGUCAAAAAAGUCCCAAUAGCUUCACUGAAGGCGGUGGAAGAUAAGUGCGUUCAUAUGAUUAUUCAAAAGGAAUUUGGUCGUCUUCCAGCGCCACCCAAAAUUAUUCACGGCACACGCCCUCAGAGUUCAGCUGCAAAAGGAUUUAUAGGGCUCAAUAAUGGCAUGCAGA